GUAUUUUCUUACAUUUGUGUUUUAAAUUGAUAGCUGCUCUCAAUGGCAUGUUAAAAAAUACUUUAGUGAAUUUCAUAUUUUGAUACAGUUUCCAGCACAGAUCAGCAAUUUCUCUGAAGGUUUUUGAUUAUACGUUUGAUUCCAGAAAUUCUGUUUCACUGGUACUAAUUCAAUGCGUUUAUUUUUCUUUUGAGAAUGGUACCUUACUAUAAAUGUCGCAGGAGGAAAAGCAUUGCCAUUUAAGCUAAAGAAGUGCUGAAUAUGACAUGCAUGUUGGAAAAUGUGUGAUGCUGUCUUAUAAUUUUAGCUCGGGUUUAUACAAAUGCGGGCAUUUAUCUUGUUAUUUUCACAGCCAUACACACUUACUGCCACUUGAAGUUAUCCUUUCAACAGAUCUUCAUUAAUUAAGUUUGUCUUACAGGAGCGGAAGGAAAAGGAUGAUGUGAAUUUCACCUUUGAAAGGCAGCAGUAGGCAAUGCAACAUUUAAGAAGUGUUUUUUGCCUGUGCCCAUAAAAAGCUAUACCAUUAUGUUGAUGGAUUUGCUACUUUGUGUCCUAUUAAGUAUAAAAUGUGACCAUAUAUUUUGGAUUCCAAGGUCUUUUCUGGUUUGUUGAACACAAUAAUGCUUAAGAUGAUGAUUUAAAUUAGUUUUAAUGUACUUGGGUAAUCAAGCAUACAGUGCUUUGAAGCCACUAAGGGAGAAAAAGAAGAGAUAUUUCAGCCUUCCCCAGUAAUGAGACCCAUAAAUCAAAAGAACGAACAUGGAAACUUCUAGCAAGCCUAGGGAUCUAAUUUCAAACACCUUAAAAGAGACUCCUUUUUUGGUUUAGGCUUGCCAUGUCCGUGGUGCCCAGUGGAAGGGCUGGUCUGGAAAAUUUGGAUAAAAAACAGAGAACCGCUAUAGGAUUAAAACAAUGGAGCCAGACACUCUCAGCCUUUGGAUUUGAGAGGCUUGUGUUUAAGAAGUCUGGGCCUGAAGAGGUGGAAAUAUAGGGGGCGUAGAUUCAGUUAUAGAUACAUACAUGUUCAAAUACCAAAUACAUGUCAUUUAAGGGAAUCGUAAGAUGACUUUGUAAGAGGGAGACUUUUUUCCAUUUAGCAAAUAAUUGUAAUAGACUUUUCAAACUAACUCUGAAGUGAAAGUUUGAGCAUAAAAGCUUUUCAGCUGACAAAGAGAAAUGGCAUGAAUGUCUGAGAAAAAAACCAGACACAUCCCUAAAACAACAGAGAAAUGCCUUCUAGACUUUAGAUACAUCUAUGGCAAAUAGGAAGACAGGCUAUUUCUAGACCUCUGGCAGGAAGACUGGCCUUUUACUCAGUCCUUAAAGGAAGAAAAUAGCCAAGAGAAGUUUGGAAUAAGAAAUCCAAGUUCUUUUACACGUUGUUGGUUCAGGCAAUGUCAGAGAUUUUUUUCAUAGCUUGUCUCUUGGAGGCUGACCUUGGACUGUGCACAUGGACCUAUUUUUAAACUGUAGACUCCAUGUCACUCCCACAUAUUUUACCCUUCUACUGUUCAAGUGCUAAAACCAGGGAUUAUUUAAGUUAGUUUACACUCUGUUGCAGCCUGGGGUGAGAAUUUAGGAUUCCAAAAUUGUGUUAGAAGUGGGUUGAGAGGAAAUAAAUGUGGAGAGGCUAAAUGACAGUAGUGGUAUGGACCAUUUUCCUUUGAAUUUCCCCCUAUUUUUAAAAUACUCACUGGAGUCCUAGGAUACACACAGAUAAUUGACGUAUCUGUAGGGAUAUUUGCAUUCAAGAGUGACUCCCCUUUCCUCCCAGAGCGUGAUGAUUCACCAUAGCCAGACCCAGGAAUAUGUGCUCAAGCCCAAGUACUUUCCAGCCCAGAAGGGGAUUUCAGGAGAGCAGUCCACUGAAGGUUCUUUCCCUUUAAGAUACGUGCAGGAUCAAGUUGCGGCACCUUUUCAGCUGAGUAACCACACUGGCCGCAUCAAGGUGGUCUUUACUCCGAGCAUCUGUAAAGUGACCUGCACCAAGGGCAGCUGUCAGAACAGCUGUGAGAAGGGGAACACCACCACUCUCAUUAGUGAGAAUGGUCAUGCUGCCGACACCCUGACGGCCACGAACUUCCGAGUGGUCAUUUGCCAUCUACCAUGUAUGAAUGGUGGCCAGUGCAGUUCAAGGGACAAAUGUCAGUGCCCUCCAAAUUUCACAGGAAAGCUUUGUCAGAUCCCAGUCCACGGUGCCAGCGUGCCUAAACUUUAUCAGCAUUCCCAGCAGCCAGGCAAGGCGUUGGGGACGCAUGUCAUCCAUUCUACACAUACCUUGCCUCUGACCGUGACUAGCCAGCAAGGGGUCAAAGUGAAAUUUCCUCCUAACAUAGUCAAUAUCCAUGUGAAACAUCCACCUGAGGCCUCCGUCCAGAUACAUCAGGUUUCAAGAAUCGAUGGCCCAACAGGCCAGAAGACAAAAGAAGCUCAACCAGGCCAAUCCCAAGUCUCUUACCAAGGGCUUCCUGUCCAGAAGACCCAGACCAUACAUUCCACAUACUCCCACCAGCAGGUCAUUCCUCACGUCUACCCCGUGGCUGCUAAGACACAGCUUGGCCGGUGCUUCCAGGAAACCAUUGGGUCACAGUGUGGCAAAGCGCUCCCUGGCCUUUCAAAGCAAGAGGACUGCUGUGGAACUGUGGGUACCUCCUGGGGCUUUAACAAAUGCCAGAAAUGCCCCAAGAAACCAUCUUAUCAUGGAUACAACCAAAUGAUGGAAUGCCUACCAGGUUAUAAGCGGGUUAACAACACGUUUUGCCAAGAUAUUAAUGAAUGUCAGCUACAAGGUGUAUGCCCUAAUGGUGAGUGUUUGAAUACCAUGGGCAGCUAUCGAUGUACCUGCAAAAUAGGAUUUGGGCCGGAUCCUACCUUUUCAAGUUGUGUUCCUGAUCCCCCUGUGAUCUCGGAAGAGAAAGGGCCCUGUUACCGACUUGUCAGUUCUGGAAGACAGUGUAUGCACCCUCUGUCUGUUCACCUCACCAAGCAGCUCUGCUGUUGUAGUGUGGGCAAGGCCUGGGGCCCACACUGUGAGAAAUGUCCCCUUCCAGGCACAGCUGCUUUUAAGGAAAUCUGUCCUGGUGGAAUGGGUUAUACGGUUUCUGGCGUUCAUAGACGCAGGCCAAUCCAUCACCAUGUAGGUAAAGGACCUGUAUUUGUCAAGCCAAAGAACACUCAACCUGUUGCUAAAAGUACUCAUCCUCCACCUCUCCCAGCCAAGGAAGAGCCAGUGGAGGCCCUGACCUUCUCCCGGGAACACGGGCCAGGAGUGGCGGAGCCAGAAGUGGCAACUGCACCCCCUGAAAAGGAAAUACCUUCAUUGGAUCAAGAGAAAACCAAACUUGAGCCUGGUCAACCCCAGCUGUCUCCAGGCAUUUCAACUAUUCAUCUGCAUCCACAGUUUCCAGUAGUGAUUGAAAAAACAUCACCUCCUGUGCCUGUUGAAGUAGCUCCUGAAGCUUCUACGUCUAGUGCCAGCCAAGUGAUUGCGCCUACUCAAGUGACAGAAAUCAAUGAAUGUACUGUGAACCCUGAUAUCUGUGGAGCAGGACACUGCAUUAACCUGCCGGUGAGAUACACCUGUAUAUGCUACGAGGGCUACAAGUUCAGUGAACAACAGAGGAAAUGUGUGGAUAUUGAUGAGUGUACUCAGGUCCAACACCUCUGCUCCCAGGGACGCUGUGAAAACACCGAGGGAAGUUUCCUGUGUAUUUGCCCUGCAGGAUUUAUGGCCAGUGAGGAGGGGACUAACUGUAUAGAUGUUGACGAAUGCCUGAGGCCGGACGUCUGUGGGGAGGGGCACUGUGUCAAUACUGUGGGGGCCUUCCGGUGUGAAUACUGCGACAGCGGGUACCGCAUGACCCAGAGAGGCCGUUGUGAGGAUAUUGAUGAAUGUUUGAAUCCAAGUACUUGUCCAGAUGAGCAGUGUGUGAAUUCUCCUGGAUCUUACCAGUGUGUUCCCUGCACAGAAGGAUUCCGAGGCUGGAACGGACAGUGCCUUGAUGUGGACGAGUGCCUGGAACCAAACGUCUGCACAAAUGGUGAUUGUUCCAACCUUGAAGGCUCCUACAUGUGUUCAUGCCACAAAGGCUAUACCCGGACUCCGGACCACAAGCACUGUAAAGAUAUUGAUGAAUGUCAGCAAGGGAAUCUAUGCGUAAACGGGCAGUGCAAAAAUACCGAGGGCUCCUUCAGGUGCACCUGUGGGCAGGGGUACCAGCUGUCGGCAGCUAAAGACCAGUGUGAAGACAUUGAUGAAUGCCAGCACCGUCAUCUCUGUGCACAUGGGCAGUGCAGGAACACUGAGGGCUCUUUUCAGUGUGUGUGUGACCAGGGUUACAGAGCGUCUGGGCUUGGAGACCACUGUGAAGAUAUCAACGAAUGCUUGGAGGACAAGAGUGUUUGCCAGAGAGGAGACUGCAUUAAUACUGCGGGGUCCUAUGAUUGUACUUGCCCAGAUGGAUUCCAGCUAGACGACAAUAAAACAUGUCAAGAUAUUAAUGAAUGUGAACAUCCAGGGCUCUGUGGUCCUCAAGGGGAGUGCCUAAACACAGAGGGUUCUUUCCACUGUGUCUGCCAACAGGGGUUCUCAAUCUCUGCAGAUGGCCGUACGUGUGAAGAUAUUGAUGAAUGUGUAAACAACACUGUUUGUGACAGUCACGGGUUUUGUGACAAUACAGCUGGCUCCUUCCGCUGCCUCUGUUAUCAGGGCUUUCAAGCCCCACAGGAUGGGCAAGGGUGUGUGGAUGUGAAUGAAUGUGAACUGCUCAGUGGGGUGUGUGGUGAAGCCUUCUGUGAAAACGUGGAAGGGUCCUUCCUGUGCGUGUGUGCUGAUGAAAAUCAAGAGUACAGCCCCAUGACCGGGCAGUGCCGCUCCCGGACCUCCACAGAUUUAGAUGUAGAACAACCCAAAGAAGAAAAGAAAGAAUGCUACUAUAAUCUCAAUGACGCCAGUCUCUGUGAUAAUGUGUUGGCCCCCAAUGUCACGAAACAAGAAUGCUGCUGUACAUCGGGUGCGGGAUGGGGAGAUAACUGUGAAAUCUUCCCCUGCCCGGUCUUGGGAACUGCUGAGUUCACUGAGAUGUGUCCCAAAGGGAAAGGUUUUGUGCCUGCUGGAGAUUCCUCUUCUGAAGCUGGUGGUGAGAACUAUAAAGAUGCAGAUGAAUGCCUACUUUUUGGACAAGAAAUCUGUAAAAAUGGUUUCUGUUUGAACACUCGGCCUGGGUAUGAAUGCUACUGUAAGCAAGGGACAUACUACGAUCCUGUGAAACUGCAGUGCUUUGAUAUGGAUGAAUGUCAAGACCCCAGUAGUUGUAUUGAUGGCCAGUGUGUUAAUACAGAGGGCUCUUACAACUGCUUCUGUACUCACCCCAUGGUCCUGGAUGCAUCAGAAAAAAGAUGUAUAAGACCGGCUGAGUCAAACGAACAAAUAGAAGAAACUGAUGUCUACCAAGAUUUGUGCUGGGAACAUCUGAGUGAUGAGUACGUGUGUAGCCGGCCUCUUGUGGGCAAGCAGACGACGUACACUGAGUGCUGCUGUCUGUAUGGAGAGGCCUGGGGCAUGCAGUGUGCCCUCUGCCCCAUGAAGGAUUCAGAUGACUAUGCUCAGCUGUGUAACAUCCCCGUGACGGGACGUCGGCAGCCAUAUGGACGGGACGCCUUGGUUGACUUCAGUGAACAGUAUGCUCCAGAAGCCGAUCCCUACUUCAUCCAAGACCGUUUUCUAAAUAGCUUUGAGGAGUUACAGGCUGAGGAAUGCGGCAUCCUCAAUGGAUGUGAAAAUGGUCGCUGUGUGAGGGUCCAGGAAGGUUACACCUGUGAUUGCUUUGAUGGGUAUCACUUGGAUACAGCCAAGAUGACCUGUGUCGAUGUAAAUGAAUGCGAUGAGUUGAACAACCGGAUGUCUCUCUGCAAGAAUGCCAAGUGCAUUAACACCGAAGGUUCCUACAAGUGUUUGUGUCUGCCAGGCUAUGUACCUUCUGACAAGCCGAACUACUGCACUCCGUUGAAUACCGCCUUGAAUUUAGAGAAAGACAGUGACCUGGAGUGAAACGGAAUCUACAUAACCUAAGCCCAUAUACUCUGCACUGUGUAAAGGAAAAGGGAGAAAUGUAUUAUACUUGAGACAUUGCACCUAACCCGGAAGGCUGGAAAUACAGAAACAGCAUGGAGUUGCAAGUCCUCUGAAGACAAUGAGAGGACUUAGGAUGAGCCCAACAGGUGUGGCAGACCAAAUGGACAUUUCUCUGAAAAACCAGUAUAUAUAGUCUGUUCAUAUGUAAAAUUCAGUGGAAGAGAGGUGGAACAGUGCUGUUAUUUUAAACAGAAGGUUGUAUUAUUAUGUUGUUUUGUUUUUUUACUAUUGCUUGAUUAAAUUUGGCAUUUAAAUAGUGGUGGAAAUAUUUUAUAUAAUUUUCAUUUUUUGGUUGUGCAGUUCCUUGGCUGUUUUUCUUUUCCUUCAGUUUUUUUAAACUCUCAAAUGAGAAAGUCUUCGAUAAAAUAUUGUUAAGCUGUAUUAUAAAUAUUGUUACACAGGGUUAUGCAAUUCCUGGCCUGGAGCAUUUUUGAAAUUCAAAUUGUUUGUCCUGUGGAGCAGGCAGUGAUUUUGUUUCAAAACUUUUAUACACAUUUGGAGAAAAGUACUUUAUAUUUUCAGUGUUUUGUUUGAUGUUAAUGUCCAUUCUUAGCCAAGCUGCUAGCAGGUGUCAAUUGGAUCCCUUUCCUUCACUGAAAUGGAAGAGUUUAUAAGCUUACGUUAGUAUUGUAAUAUGUAAAGUAAGCCCAACAAAAAUUUUUUAAAAUUUGAUGAUCCCCAAUAUACCUACCAUUGUAUGUUAAAGUGAAAUAAAUCACCAUUUUUGUAGAAAAAAUUCUACCUGAGAGUAAUUGUCAAUGAGUACACGUGUAUAAGUUGUAUCCCACUCUCCCCACUUUUAUUUUUACCAGUGGUCUUCUGUUAAUGUAGAGUCUUUUACAAGUUAAUCAUUAAAUUUGUUAGAUCUUGUUAGGGG